CAAAUAAUGCUUGUGUACUACAAUUCCCAUCAUACACUCCUUCCCCUCCCUACCGGAAGUUACACUCGUUGGACAAACACAACUGUUCCCUGGCAGCCGAAGUGUACUGUGGAUUAUAUGCCACGUUGAUAUUACGUUUAAAUACAUUUAAGCCCCCUAAUCUAUAACCCAGCUCUUGGGGACAGGUCUUGUUGCCAUGGCGAAAGACCCGUUGGCUGAAGCUGGUCUUCAUUUUGAUGAACUCAACAAGCUGCGGGUGCUGGAACCAGAGGUGGACCAGAAGACCAGGGAGCUCAAGGAGGAGUGUGAAGACUUUGUUGACAAAAUGGGCCAGUUUCAGAAGAUAGUGGGUGGUCUCAUCGAGCUGGUGGAUGAAUUGGCGAAAGAGGCAGAGACUGAAAAGAUGAAGGCUAUUGGAGCCAGGAACCUGUUGAAGUCUGUGGCCAAGCAGAGGGAGGCCCAGCAACAGCAGCUCCAGGCCCUGAUAGCAGAGAAGAAGCUGCAGCUGGAGAGAUAUCGUAUCGAGUACGAAGCUCUCUCCAAGGUGGAGGCUGAGCAGAAUGAGUUCAUUGACCAGUUCAUUCUACAGAAAUAAGGAGUGUAUUGAAGGCCCGCAGUAUUAGUGUGCGUUUGUGACCAUGUUUCCAGGGUGCCUGUAUUAUUUUCUAUGGGUCCACUACACUAUGGGUUCACGCCAAUCGCUCAUCUGAACACAAUAACCUUUCUUACACCCCCACACAAGCAAUCCAAAACUGCUCCAACUAAAUCCAGACGUGUUUUUUUUGCUUAGACAGUGAGACGGUCUACAUGCAACGUUUAGAAGUAACUUGUCACCAGUCUUUUACAGCAAAACAGCAUGCUGUUUUUUUCACUAGCAGGUGUCUGAAGUGACAACCUUCCUUUCCCAGUUAUACAGGUGUCUGAAGUGACAACCCUACUUUCCCAGUUAUACAGGUGUCUGAAGUGACAACCCUACUUUCCCAGUUAUACAGGUGUCUGAAGUGACAACCCUCCUUUCCCAGUUAUACAGGUGUCUGAAGUGACAACCCAACCCAGUUAUACAGGUGUCUGAAGUGACAACCCAACCCAGUUAUACAGGUGUCUGAAGUGACAACCCUACUUUCCCAGUUAUACAGGUGUCUGAAGUGACAACCCUCCUUUCCCAGUUAUACAGGUGUCUGAAGUGACAACCUUCCUUUCCCAGUUAUACAGGUGUCUGAAGUGACAACCUUCCUUUCCCAGUUAUACAGGUGUCUGAAGUGACAACCCUACUUUCCCAGUUAUACAGGUGUCUGAAGUGACAACCUUCCUUUCCCAGUUAUACAGGUGUCUGAAGUGACAACCUUCCUUUCCCAGUUAUACAGGUGUCUGAAGUGACAACCCUACUUUCCCAGUUAUACAGGUGUCUGAAGUGACAACCCUCCUUUCCCAGUUAUACAGGUGUCUGAAGUGACAACCCAACCCAGUUAUACAGGUGUCUGAAGUGACAACCCAACCCAGUUAUACAGGUGUCUGAAGUGACAACCCUCCUUUCCCACUUAUACAUUUAUUUAUCAUUUUAGGUGUUGAACGCUUGCAUGUAAUUAGAACCUGAGACUCUGUAGUCUUCAUACCUUUCAUUACAUUACAUUUAAGUCAUUUAGCAGACGCUCUUAUCCAGAGCGACUUUCACACCACUACAGUACGUCAGACAAGCAAAUGUUGGAAGAAAGCUAUUUAUAUACACAAAGGAAUGGAUUUAUACUGUUUAUAUUAAAGGAAUUACUAUGUAUAGAUUGUCUUCCACUUGUAGGGAAGGUAAACACCUCUAAGUACGGUAUAUUGAAAAUAAGAAUUUGUUCUCAACUGACUUGCCUAGUAAAAUAAAAAAUAAAAUAAAAAUGUUUUUGCAUGUUACUGUAAAUAAUUUAAUGAUUAAGAGGGAAAAAUAUUUAUUUUUUGCUGUGUUGACUGUACACCCCCCUCCCUGUUGUCAUCUUAACUUUGUUUGUUUACAUCUAAGGUACGAAUAAGUUGUGUUCGUGUUUUAUCUGAUCAUUUCACCGUUGUCUGUGGGACCACACCAGAACAUUUUCCCCCCAGGUGCCUUAUUGGAAUUUCAGGCCAGUUUUUAUAACUAAACACUGAGUAUAUUCGAAAGGUAUAUUCAUCGUUUUAUGUUUACAGUAUAUAUCUAUAAUAUAUAUCCAGAAAUUAUCAAAAAUUCUCAUUCUCUGCAUUCAUCUUAUCUAUGUUAAAGGUUAAUAGACCUACUUCAUCAAUAGAUGAGGUACACUUGAAUAAAAUGGAUAUUUUGAUUCU